CAGUUUUUAUUGCACUCGCUCGCUUGUUGGACUUGGAAGGAAAUUGAAUACAGAAUAGGUAUUCAAUUAAAAGUUUCGUAUAGUUUUAUUUAUUUUGCCGAAUAGGCGUUGGAAUAAGUUAUUCGAGUGAAGACUUGGACACGUCAUUAUAUUAUCACGAAUUCACGAUGGAUGCAAGAGCAGCAAAACUUGCUUUAGCGCGUCAAAAGUUGAAAAGUCAUCAGGAAAAGAAAUUGGUUUCUGUUCCUAAAGAAGAAACAUCAGAUGGACUUCAUCAGAAUGAUAUUCAAAGUGAAGCUAUAACUAAUGACACAAUUGAUUCAGUCAAUGUUAGUAAACCAGCCUACGAAACUAAUCCUGUUGAACAAUCAAAUCCAAAUAUGUCUUAUUCAAAAGAAAGCAAUAAUAACCAAAGUUCUCAGGAAGCUGAUGUAAAUGUUACUGAAAUUCUAAUAUCAAGCAAAAGAAAUCUAGAAAUACAAGUAUAUGAUCUGCAAACAAAGUUUACUCAACUUGAAAAUGAGUACACAUUGGCAAUUAAUAAUAACAAAUAUUAUAAACAGCAAAUCAGUCAAUUGGAAAAUGAGCUUAAAUCUAUUCAAAGUAAAUAUUUGCUAAUAACAGAAAAAGUUACAUCAAAAGAGAAGAUUAUUACAGAAUUAAAUACUAUAAAGUCAUCAAUUUGUGAUGAAAAUAAUAAUUUACAAGAGCAAUUGGAGUUUACUAAAACUAUGUUGACCAGUAAGGAAUCUGAAAAUGCAUCAUUGCAUAACCAGGUGUGCAAUUUACAACAUGAGCUGGAUGCCACACAGCUGCAACUGCAACAGUUGACCAAUGGAUCCAUUGCCCAGGUGACACAGCAAGCCAUGCAGCAGGAGGCCAGAGCAAACACGGAGGCCUUGCUACAAAAAAUUGCCAACUUGGAACAACAGCUCAUAAAAUUACAAAAGGAGAGAGAGCAAAAUAUUUCUCAUUAUGAACACUAUGUGGGUGAAUUAAAUGAACAGUUAAAAUCAACAGUUACCAAAAACCAUGAGCUAUCUGUAGAGGUUCAAAAUUUGUCCCUUAGAGAGCACAAUCUUAUUGAGCAAAUAAGUGACAUGGAAAUCAGGCUACAGCACAUGAGGCAACAUGCACCUUGUGAGGUGCAACCUGAUAAGGAUAAUUCUAAUGAGAUAAUUGAAUUACAAGACAAAUAUGAUACCUUACAAGCCCACUUUGAGGACUUAAGUAAAAGCCAUGAGGAGCUACAAAAAAAAUAUACUGAAAUUGAAAUUAAGUUAAAGGAAUUGAAUGAAGCAAAUGAACCUGAAUGUGGUCAUGACAACAUUAGUCUAUCGAAACUAAAUGCCGAUAUUGCUAGCGAUAAACUUGCAGCGCAAAGGGCAACGGAGCAGAACAAAAAAUUAAAAACUGAUCUGCAGGAACUUGAAGAAGCUUUUGUGAAAAUUAGCACAGAUAAGUUAGAAUUAACUGAGAAAGUAGCAGCUGAGAAAUUUUUAAAUAGAGAGUUAACUAUAAAACUUGCUGAAAUAGAGGAAAAAGCCAAAGACAUGCAUACAAAACUACUUGCUAAAGAUGAAGAAAUGAUAAGAUUGCAAAAUAGUUAUCGGGAAUUGGAAAGAAAGAUAAAUAAUAUACCUGAAGUCGUGAAUACAGACAGCAGAAGGGUCUCAGAUUCAAUAAGGGGCAAUGACGUUAAUCAUGAAAAUUGUAGUCAUGGUCAUAACACAUGCGAGAAAGUUACCGCUGAUGACCACCACUUUCAUAAGGUUGAAGAUAACCAUGACAGCCACAGUCAUAACGACGCUGAUGAACAUAAAUGUCUUAUUGAAAGGAAUGAAAAUGAUAAAGGUAUAAAAAUUCCAAAGGAAGACGCGAUGCUAAAACUUCAAGACCGUUUCUUAAAAAUAAUGGAAGAGGUCGCAGAUUUAUCUGAUGAAAAACAUAGACUAGAACACAUAAUUCUUCAGUUACAAAAUGAAACUGACACUAUAUGCGAAUACGUGGCUCUUUACCAACAGCAGAGAAGCUUACUAAAAAAACGUGAUGAAGAGAGAAGUGCCCAGAUAAAAAUAUUCCAAACAGAAUGUGAUCUACUCAAAAGUCAACUAGAAGAAUUGAGUGGUAUUAUCAUCCGACUGGCUCAAGAUACAGAAUUAGCUACUUACUUCCAAGUAGAGCCGAGACAGAGUGAUCUAACUAAAGUAAUGAACCUAUUAUCAAAGCUGAAAAACAAUACUUUAGUUGAUCCACACAGAAUAAGUUCUGAAUUGAAGGACUUUUAUCCAUGUAGUUGUUGUUCUGGUAAACUAAUUGAUGUAUAAAAUUUAAUUAUUAAUAAAGAUACUUUAAAUAUUAACUCACAAACAAUACGGCUUUAUUAAUUUAAUUUGCGUCUGCCAAUUUCUUUGACGGUUUUUCAUUAUAGGUACUGAUAGGUUUCAUAAGGGACUUUGCAGGCUACGUUCCCUUAAAAAUAUAGAUGGCGCUGUUCAGAUUUAACGUGAUAAUUAGCUAUUUUGUAAUUGGUCGGGGGUACAUAAUUAUUCAAAAAUAUAAUGUAAUGGCAGAGGCAUACGCAAAAAUAAUUGUUGCUUGACAUUUGGAUCAGGCACGCAUAGAAUUAUGUUGCUACCUUAUUGUUUUAUAUUAUUUUGAUCAGAAUAAUAAUGGGUGCAAGAUGUAUUGUGUAUCAUUUAUACCCAAAAACUAAAUCUAAAGUUGCUUAUGUCUGUUAUCCAUGAAAUUGGAAGAUAAACACAAAUCUGUACAGCGCUAUCUAUAUUAUAUUUUUUGGGACGUAGCCUGGAAAAUUUCUCAUUGGAAAGUCGAGCGAGACUUUUAUUCAAGUAAAAAAACAAGGACACGUCAAGGUGACACACGAGUUGUUGAAAACAUUUUAUCGUUAAGUUGCUGUCCCAUCUUUUUUCCGUAUAGGUACCGUCAUUUUAACUUUUAUUACCUAAUAAUAUGUAGUCGCAAAGUAUUAUUUAGAGAUUGUAUAAUUCAAUUUUAAUGUCUUAUGCCUACGUAACAAUACAGCUCCUUAGAUCAUAAUUUAUAACAAAGAUAAGAAAAGCGAGAUUCAUUUAAAGCUUCAUUAGAAUUGUUGUACCUAGAUGUGGAAUGAGGGACUUUCCAGGCUUUGUUCUCCAAAAAACAUAUAGAUGGCACUGUACAGAUUUAACAUGAUAAUUACCUAUUUUCUCAUUGCAUACGUAAUUAUUCAAAAAUAUAAUGUAAUGGAUCAAAUAUGUAUAAGAAUAUGUUGCUAUUUAUAUUGCUUUUCUUUAUUUUGAUCAGAAUAAUAAUGUGUCUGGGUGUAAUAACAAGGGUCAUCAUUUAUACCCAAAAACAAAGAUAAAAUGCAUGUCUGUUAUUUAUGGAUUUAGAAGGUUAAACAAAGGCAACACUGAACUGCGCCAUCUAUGUUAGUGACAUCGUAAUGAAUACUGAGGGGGAUGAUUCAGACCAUGAUUCAGAGUUAAUAUCAAGUGGAAUUUUCCGUCAUGACAUUGUACCAAAUACUGAGGGGGAUGAUUCAGACCAUGAUUCUGAGUUGAUAUCAAGAGGAUUUUCCUGUCGGAAAAUUUUAGUGUUUUUUUUAAUUAUUUUCAGAUCCAUACUUUGCAUAGUUAACGUUACGACGUCACUAACACCCUCGCCUAGAAAGUCCUCAAUUUGCACUCUGAAUUCACAUAGAGGCCAUUCCUAUUGAUAUGGAACGAGCUCUGUUAAAAAAUCUAUGAGAGUCCAUUAGUGCCGUUUAUAUUAUCCUUGGCGGAGCGCUGUUCAAAUACACAUAUUUUUACUCGAGCUGUAUACGGUGUCGAAAUACGUAAGUUUUUCAUGGUGUAAAUAAAAUACAAACUUUUAUCUGA